CUGACGUCGAGUUACGUCUCUGAUUGGACAGACGGGACACGAGAGCACUCACAGGACUGUCUGACCCUGCACACCUGCCACAGAAAAAGGGAAGUUGGACAAUCUGACCUAUAAAUCUGGAGAAAGAGAAGCACACAAGUCACUGAGGGCAGCUCUGGUAGACAGGAGCAUCCAGGGUGAGGAGAGAAAAAGGUGAAGCCAAAGGUGAACAGGAGGUGAGAGAGGAAGACCAAACAAACAGGAGAUGGGUGGAGACAUGGCACAGAGCUGCUGGCUGCUGCUCACACUCUCCCUGAAAGGUAUUCUUGCAAGUGAUUGGUCAGUUAAUCUCCCUUCUGGACCUAUCUGUGCUGUGAUUGGCUCCUCUGUGGUUCUCCCUUGUUCCUAUGACUACCCCAGAGGAGAGGGACAGCUCUCUACUGAGGCAAAUAGGCUCGAGAGUGGAGGAGCUGAAGAAGGACAACAGUACAAAGUUUCGUCUGUGAUGUGGUGUCUCGAAGAGAGCCGCUGUAUCACACCAAGAUAUGUGUUCCACAGUGAUGGUAUCUUCCCAGAUCCAUCUUACCAGAGCAGGGUGCAGUACCUGGAACCAGGAACAAAGAACUGUUCUCUAAGGAUUUCUGAUCUGAGACAGUCGGACAGUGGAACCUACGUGUUUUACCUCAUCACCAACCAUCCAACACAGAAGAUGCCAGAGCAGAGCGGCAUACAGCUCCUGGUGGCAGACUCCUCCAGCACAGUAACAGCGUUAGCGAGUCGUUCCAGUGACAUCACUGAGGGUGUAGACUUACGUCUGGGCUGCUGCAGCCCUGCGGCCGGUCCAGACACCCAUUUCACAUGGUACAAGAACACAAGCACCGACCUUAGAUAUACUGGACAGACAUGGAAAAUGAGUGAAGUUACGUCUGCUGACUCUGGCAGCUACUACUGCCAGAUACAGACCGGAGACAAAGUACAGAAGUCAACAAUGCUGGACAUCGAUGUACAAUACCCUCCUCGAGACACAGUUGUCUCAGUCCUUACUGCUGGAGAGCUGAAAGAGGGUCUUCCUGUGACCCUGACCUGCAGCAGUGAUGCUAACCCUCUUGUCCGCACAUACACAUGGUACCAGGGUGCAGCGUGCCUCCCUACAGCAGACAAAAGCUUUCAUCAGGGAAGACAAACCCUAGCUGACACAGGAAGAGGCCAAACACUCAGCAGUGUAAACGUCACUACUGAUGGAUACAGGCAGCACUGCUGUGUGGCACGCAACAGACACGGAUCACAGACUUACGUUGUAAGCCUCAGAGAUUCAGGAGCAACAACCCCAUCAGAGACUUCAGGAGGCAGAACGGUUGUUAUUGUAGUGACCGUCGGUGUCCUACUGGCUAUUUUAAUUGUAGUUGCCUUUAUCAUGUCAAGUACAUCCAACAGGGAGUUCCUGAGCAGAAGGAGACGGAAGUCAUCCACACACCGGUCAUAUGUCCUCACUGAGACAACUGCUACAGAACCUUAAAG